AUCCAAAAACAAGGAACAGCGCAGAGCAGAUGACCUCAGAGUGAAGGGAAGUUGAUCCGGAAAAAUUAAAAAUAAGAAGCUGGAGGCAUUCAACAGAGCCAGAAAUGCACCCGUGCCGGGCCUUGGAUCCAGUAGGGGUAGCUACUCUAUGUUCCGUGCUCCCUCAGUUGGACCAUUCUCCACGACUAUUUUACUUCACUUCUAGUCUUCGCCUUCGUCUCACUCGAACAUCAAUUUCAGACGCUACCUGCUCUCUCCCUGCUGCCACACUCAGAUACCCAAUCACUGAGCUUCGUAUUCCUCGCCGCCGCCGCCUAGUGACGUCAGCUCCCGCCACUAUGUUUCCGGAAAACGCGGUCCUGGCUGAUAUUUGCGCCACCGGAGUUGCCGGUGGUGUUGCUGUUUUCUUUCUCCUGUUGUGGGAACAAACCGCGAAGUUUGGGUUCUUCGAUCAGAAACUCAACAGAAAGCUAGUGCAUAUCAGCAUUGGCCUCGUUUUCAUGCUUUGCUGGCCGCUAUUCAGUUCGGGCUACCAAGGAGCACUUUUAGCAUCUCUUAUUCCAGGCCUUAAUAUUAUACGAAUGCUUCUACUGGGACUCGGAAUAAUGAAAGACGAAGCAACAGUGAAGUCAAUGAGCAGAUUUAAUGACUAUAGGGAACUUCUUAAGGGACCACUCUACUAUGCCACAACCGUAACUUUGGCUUGUGUAGUCUAUUGGAGAACUUCCCCCAUUGCAAUUGCAAUAAUAUGCAAUCUGUGUGCUGGAGAUGGGUUAGCAGACGUUGUUGGUAGGCGUUUUGGUACUCAAAAACUUCCGUAUAACAGAAACAAAUCUAUAGCUGGUAGUGUGGCAAUGGCAUCUGCUGGUUUUUUAUCAUCUAUCGGGUACAUGUACUAUUUCUCCAAGUUUGGCUUUGUUGACAAGAGCUGGGAUAUGGUUUUGGGUUUUUUGGUUGUGUCUCUUGCCUCAGCACUGGUAGAAUCACUUCCCAUAAGCACCGUGCUUGAUGACAACCUAACAGUUCCGCUUACUUCUAUACUAGUUGGCAGUUUCAUUUUCUGAUUUGGUUAGUCCUAGCUUGUAGAUAGCAAAUUGUAGGGAAAACAAUCAAAUUGUAUUUGGCGAACUUGAUUGGAUGUUGUAUGCUAUGUAUACUCUAGCAUUGUUUCUCCUUGGUCUGACAGACAAUGGUACCAAAUAAAGGAUGAAACCUUGAUACUAUAAAUCUGUGAAAUUCAGAUGUCGAUGCAGGUUGCACGGAUGUGAUUCUUGUAAUGUGAAACAUUCAGCGUGAUCAAUGCAAUAUAUUUUUCUUUCUU